UCACUCUCUCUCUCUCUAUAUAACUUUGCAAGGGUUUUUUUUCUUGUUUUCUUUGUUUGUUGCGGCUUCCUCACCCUCUUUCUCUAUGUGGUCUCCCCAACCGUAGCAGGCUGGGGGCUCCCUCAGUCCGAUGUCUCUUUUCCAAUCCCCCGCCGUUGAUCAAUUCUCCAACGGCAACGAUCACCGCCUUUCCUCCAAGCGCAAAUUUGACGAUUAUGCCCCUGCUUUCGAUGAUGACCAAGAUGACGAGGCUUCCUUAGUCCCCGUCAGGAUGCGAAAAGACGAUCACCACCAUCAAGGCACCCAUCCAUUCACAGCCGUUCACCCCUCGUCCCAAGACCCAGCAUUCUCGUUCUCUACCUCCCUCUUCGAUUCCCGCCCUUCCUCCUCCGAUGCUCCAUCAUCAUCCGCCACGUGUUCCCCCUCCCGCCUCCAAUUCUUCAUCCGGAUGAUCUCGGAGGGCAAUACCAUGGUGGUCCAGGCUAAUUCGGAGGACACCGUAAAAUCCCUUCACGAAAGGAUUCAAGUGAUGACCGGAAUUCCAGUGAUCGAACAACGCCUAAUUUAUCGCGGGAAACAGCUUCAGUGGGAGCAAUCCCUAGCUGAUUGCGCCAUUCAAAACGACGCCGGCCUUCAACUCGUCGGCCGUAUGCGGUCGACGGACCACCCACAAACCUGGCAGCUCAUGGACGACAUGAUCUCCCUCAUUUGCCGCCUUUGCCGAGGAGAAAUAGUCCUUUCCUCAACCAAACACAUCAAAGAUUGCUUGACCAACUUCUUCACAAUUACUCCAAAGGACAACAACGACUCUGCCCCUGCUCACUUUCAGAUAUUUAUGGCAUCUUCGGCUCCUGCCGCUUUGGUAAUGCUUUAUAUUUCACCAAUUAAGGGUAAUAAGCAGUGUGCUGAUACUUCAAUAAGACAUUUCUUAUCUUCAUGUAGGAGUGCGUUAUCAAAACAGUUACAUUCUUAUUGUACACCAAUAGUAUUAGAGUUUUGCAAGUUACUUAGGAAGGUUGUUAAUGAGGAUAGUUUGUAUGCGUCGUGCCGCAGUACCCUUGGGGUGUUGUUGGAAAGUGUUGGCACUUCCAAGGGUUUAAUGCUGCCACCAGAGGUUAAACGGUUGAUUGUCAUGCAAGAGAUUUUCCCCUUUGUCAGUGAGUUGGCUGAUAAGUUAUCUAAGGAUUUGGAUUCUAGCGCAGAUUCUACCGCCAGUGGGGGACCAUUAUCGAGUGAUGUCAGGGAUUUCACAGCUUUCUUGAACCCUUUGCGGUCUGCCAUAUUUGAGCAAGUGGGGUUCCAGAUUGCGAUAUCAGUUGAGUGGCAAAAGAAGGAUUACAACAAUCCUCCCUAUGGGGAGGAGAUUAAGUUUCUUCAUGCUAUAUUUAAUGAUUUGUUGGAUAAAAUGGAAAAUUGCCUUAUUAGAGUGGAGAAAAGCUUUGCUGCUAGAGGAAGCAGUGAAGGUGAAUUUCCUCAUUUAGGGUGGUCUCAGUAUCUUGCCAUUUUGAAGGAACUGAAUGGCAUCUCAAAACUUUAUCAUGGUGCUGAAGAGCAGUUUUGGAGGGUUUUGAAGAAUAGAAAGUCUUCAUUGUGUGCCUUAAUAAUUAGGUUCGCAAGGCGAAAUGAUGAUAAUAGGUGGCUACUUGAGCACAAGGAUGUCACUGAUUUUGAAUCCAGGAGGCAUUUGACCAUGAUGAUGUUUCCUGAGGUAAAAGAAGAUUAUGAGGAAUUGCAUGAGAUGCUAAUUGACAGGUCUCAGUUAUUGGCAGAAUCAUUUGAAUACAUUGCUCAUGCCAAGCCUGAAUCACUACAUGCUGGUCUAUUCAUGGAGUUUAAAAAUGAAGAAGCUACUGGUCCUGGUGUACUGAGGGAGUGGUUUUUCUUGGUGUGCCAAGCCAUAUUCAAUCCAGAGAAUGCCCUUUUUGUGCCUUGCUCAAGUGAUCUUAGAAGAUUUUUUCCUAAUCCUGCUUCUGGGGUGGAUCCUUUGCACCUUGAGUAUUUCAGUUUUGCUGGUCGUGUGAUUGCAUUAGCAUUGAUGCAUAAAGUGCAAGUGGGUGUUGUCUUUGAUCGUGUAUUUUUCUUACAAUUGGCUGGAAUGGAAAUAUCUUUGGAAGAUAUACGAGAGGCAGAUCCAUGCUUGUAUAGCGGCUGCAGGAAGAUUCUGGAGAUGGAUGCUGAGUUAAUUGAUUCAGAUAUGUUAGGACUGACAUUUGUUAGAGAAGUUGAGGAGUUAGGAUCCAGGAGAGUUAUGGAGCUCUGCCCUGGUGGGAAAAGCAUUGUUGUAAAUAGCAGGAAUAGGCAGGAAUAUGUUAACCUUCUUAUUCGAGAUCGCUUUGUAACAUCUAUUUCUCAACAGGUAUACCAUUUUUCCCAGGGAUUCGGCCAUAUUCUUUCUAACUCAAGUCUCCAGAAGUUCUUUUUUCGAAGUUUAGAGCUCGAGGACCUUGAUUGGAUGCUAUAUGGAAGCGAAAGGCCCAUAUGUGUUGAAGAUUGGAAGGCACAUACAGAGUACAAUGGCUACAGAGAAAACGAUCCUCAAAUAACCUGGUUCUGGGAGAUUGUUAGAGAAAUGUCAGCAGAGCAAAGAAAGGUACUUCUUUUCUUCUGGACCUCCAUGAAGUAUCUUCCUGUCGAAGGUUUCCGUGGUUUAGCCUCUCGGCUUUAUAUUUAUAAGUCCUUGGAGCCCCAUGAGCGUCUUCCUUCUUCUCAUACCUGCUUUUACCGGUUGUGUUUCCCACCAUAUCCCUCCAUGGCUGAAAUGCAAAAACGCCUUAAUUUUAUUACACAGGAACAUGUCAGCUGCAGUUUCGGUACCUGGUAAAACAUUAGUUGGUUUUUGACUGCACAUAAGUUGUACAGGUUAUAGGAUAAUAUCAUCUGCCUUUUUUAUUAGACUCUAUAAUUAGGUGAUUUAGCUAAUUAUCUUUCCUUCAAGAAAUGUCAUUGCCUUUUUCUUUCUCUUCUAGAAACUGUUUAUUUCGGUAUAUCAUAAAUAAGUUAGGGAGAUGGAAGGAUUGCUCGCUUCCAUCCCAUGGACUAUGCUGGCUUCAGCUACAGAGACAGCUUUCAUGUAAUUACACAGUCGUGCAAUGACAUACAGACUUACAGAAAGCCUCUAAAUAGUGUUCAGUUGCAUAUCUCAGAAUUAUUUUUGUUUGACUUACAAUAUUGGAAUAUCUUAGCGCCUAUCCUACUAAAUAGCAAAGUUUAGGCAAUUCUUUCUACUUGAAAUCUGCUUAGUAUGGUGUAACAGGUGAUAGAACUCGGAAGGGUAUGGUUUCAUUUUUGUUUGAAACCACUUGCAGAAACGAAAGAAAAAUUCAUGAAUGUUGAAAUUGUCAUGCUCUGCCUGCCUUUGCCAUCAGCUGAAAUCCUACAAGCAAGAGCAUUAAUCAGAGGUGAUCUGUUCCCAAACUACACAUUCGUAUCAACUUGACGUUAAUCAUUCAUGGUGUUUCUCUAUGAUGUCGACGAAAGUUUUAACAAAGUUUGUUUGUGAUAUAGAUUCGUCAACGUGAACGGGGAUUUGAAAUGGAAUAUUAGAUCACGUGAUGAUUGGCCUUUCUUAGACUGAGCAGCAGUAGCCUGCCCAACAAAUUGGAAUCCCUUCAUGAUGAUAACGACGUGCAUAAACUCGGACUUAGAUUCAACUUAUGCUUGAAAAAAAAAAAGAAAUAAAUACAAGGAAAUUAACUUCAAAAAUAAGAUUGCCUGCUAA